AUGUUUAUUGCAGGUGGCCCUGUGGGGCUCGGGCCACCCAAGAGCCCCUCUCCGCCCUCUCCUAGAGGCCUUUUUUGGCUUAGUGAUGGAGUCGGGGAUUAUGGAGCAAAGCACGGCAUUUGGUCCAAAAUCGCGAUAUCUGCGGAGGAUUUGUUACAGUAUCAAAAGCCCCAAAAAUGGGAGCUGUGGCUGCGAGCAUGCCGAACUCGACAGGCUCGCAAUCUCGUGCUCGACGUUACACACAUAUCAACGUUACCUCUAGGAGUCCAGUGUAAACGCUUAUCAAGACUUGUGGAUACGCAGGGAAUGAAUCAAUGGCCGCUUGUCUUUGUGGAGGAAGAUCGUUCCCAAAUGGUGAGCGUUCUAUUGGCUCAUGCCCAUGAAGACGAGCCACCUUUGGGUAGAAAAUUGGCAUUGAUAUGGAUGGACGAAUUUAUACGAAUAUACAAAGAAACGAUGUUGCCAUAUUUAUCAUCGUACCUGACUGCUAUCUUGCCGUCUUUGGACUGUGAUGCAUUGAAA